AUGGAAUGCUACAAGCCGGACAAAGAGUUUACUGACAGAGGGCUGAGUUUACAUGUUGCCGGAUAUGAUGCUGGAAACUACCGUCCACCACACAUGGCAUGCCCUCCUCAACAAUAUUAUCCUCCCCCUCAACAAUGUUAUCCACCUCCUCAACAAUGUUAUCCUCCUCCUCCGGCAUAUCCCCCACAAGGCUACCCUCCUGCUAAAUAUUCUCCUCCAUUUGGAUACCCAGCUGCCGGAUAUUCUCCUCCAUGUGGAUUCCCACCAGCCGGAUAUCCUCCUCCAUGUGGAUUACCACCAGCCGAAUAUCCUCCUCCGGGUGUAUACCCACCAGCCGGAUAUCCUCCUUCAGGUGGAUACCCACCAGCCGGAUACCCUCCUCCUAGCGGACACCAAGCAGCCGGAUAUUCUCCUCCCAGUGAACACCCAGCAGCGGGAUAUCCUCCUCCCGGUGGAUACCCACCUGCACCAUAUACUCUCCCUGGUGGAGGUUGGAAAGUUAAACUUGGUUUAGGAGGUUACUAA